AUGCUACGCUAUCUGUUUCCUAGGGGUAAAAAUGACCCCUGUCCUGAAAUCACGCUACGGCUUAAGGUGAAAAUUCACCGCUACGAAGCCGCGAGAGCCCGGCUGGCCGUCGCCGGCGUCGGCGAUCAGGCCCGCUACGCCUUCUGGUGCCGCGGCUCCGGUAGCCCCGCCAAGGAGAGGUCGGUCAUGUGUAAGCUCGUCGAGGUCAAGCGCCCCGCGGCGGCCUCCCCUUCAAAGCCUUCCCCGCCGGCCGGAGAGCUCAUGGUUCUGGUGAGGACGUGCAGCGGGUGGAUGGACCUCAACGGCUAUUUGCGCAAUUUUCUCAACGCUUCCUGA